CGCAAGUGAGAGGUUGGCUUUCAUUCAUCUGGAGCAACAACAUGGCGGCAACCUGAUAGCAGCUGCAUCAAAAAUAGCAAACCUCACAUAUUUGUGCAAACAGACACAAAUAAAAAAAAAUACAGAGGAAGACUACAUAACUAACAGGACAUCCAUCGACUUCGAUUCAGUCUGAAUGUCAAGUAUUUUGACAGCAGACCGGGCAGAAGUAGCGUAAAACGCAUAGCCAGCCAGCCUUGUGGACCUAUCCUGUAGCAGUCACUCGCUUUCUACAAAAUGAACAUCCCCCUGCCUGUCACUAUCCCAUAUCAGAUCACAGAUGGAGGUGACAUGGAGCUAAGCAGUGAAAUAUAAUCUCGGCCAGAGAUCCCGCUCUCUGCUCAGUAGCACCUGUCACAGCCUGAACUCUCCACAAAUAUUUUCAUCCUGGACCUUGAACUCAUUGGGUCUUAGCUAACUGCCCUACAUCUCUCUGGUAACUGUUACAGCUAGCCUACAGUUUCCCACAAACCAAUACUAACCCCUUCAUGUUUACAGACCUACUCUAUCCCAACGUCAACAGUUUCUCUCAAUGCCCAGACCUGGCCACACCUCCUCCCAUGUCCCUUCAUUUUUUCUAAUUGAACUGUAUCCCUGAGCCACCACGACACACAGCCAGGCCAAAAGCUUGAGGUCACAGUGCAGUUGCAUUGGACUGUCUGGAGCACACUGCAGUGACUAAGCUCUAACUAAGUUGAUUUAAACAUGAGUGACGGGGAGCUGCAGCACCUGGACUAUCUGACUGAGAAUGAGCUGAUGGGCAUGGACACGUUCAUUCACCGCAUCGACUCAACCGAGGUGAUAUACCAGCCACGCAGGAAGAGGGCCAAGCUGAUUGGGAAGUACCUGAUGGGAGACCUGCUGGGGGAGGGCUCCUACGGUAAGGUGAAGGAGAUGCUGGACUCUGACACGCUGUGUCGCAGGGCCGUCAAGAUCCUCAAGAAGAAGAAGCUGAGGCGGAUCCCCAACGGAGAGGCUAAUGUGAAGAAGGAGAUCCAGCUGCUACGGAGACUCCAGCACAAAAAUGUGAUCCAUUUGGUGGAUGUGUUGUACAAUGAAGAGAAGCAGAAAAUGUAUAUGGUGAUGGAGUAUUGCGUAUGUGGGAUGCAAGAAAUGCUGGACAGCGUCCCAGAGAAAAGAUUUCCAGUAUUUCAAGCUCACGGGUACUUUUUACAGCUGUUAGAUGGCCUUGAAUAUUUGCACAGCCAGGGAAUCGUUCACAAGGACAUUAAACCAGGAAAUCUGCUUCUGACUACCGACGGGGCACUCAAGAUCUCCGACCUGGGCGUGGCAGAGGCUCUGCACCCGUUUGCAGAGGAUGACACGUGUCGUACGAGUCAGGGCUCGCCGGCGUUCCAGCCCCCCGAGAUCGCCAAUGGCCUGGACACCUUUUCAGGGUUCAAAGUGGACAUCUGGUCCGCAGGCAUCACACUAUACAACAUUACAACGAGUCUUUAUCCGUUUGAAGGGGACAACAUCUAUAAGCUAUUUGAAAACAUUGGGAAGGGAGACUACAGUGUUCCAGAAGAGUGCGGGCCUGCCCUGUCAGACCUACUGCAAGGAAUGCUUGAAUAUGAUCCUGUCAAGAGGUUUUCAAUACAGCACAUAAGGCAACACAACUGGGUACGUAAAAAACACCCGCCAACAGAACCACCGGUGCCGAUCCCUGCCAGCGCGGAGAGCCGGGACGUGUGGCGCAGCAUGACGGUGGUGCCCUACCUGGAGGACCUGCACGGGUACACCGAGGAGGACGACGACGAGCUCUACGACCAGGAGGACACAAUCAUCUACACUCAGGACUUCACUGUGCCAGGCCAGGUGCCAGAGGAGGACUUAGACGAGGGUGAGGUGGAUCGGAGCCGGGCCCAGGCCAAGCCUGUUUGUGUGAAUGGAACAGAGAGCAAGGCCAAGCCAGAGUGCAGGUCCUCGUCCUCAUCCAACCCCUCCCGCAAAGGAGUAUCCACAGCCAGCAAGAUACGCAAGCUCUCCAACUGCAAACAGCAAUGACUGCACCUCAACAACCCACCUGGUUCAUCUUUCCCGUCCUUCUGUUUUUGGAGUGCUUGGCAAUGGUGAGAGAAGCCUGCUGAUGCGGUGCCCCACGUUUCCUCCUGAACCAUUCGGCUACAAACUCUUCUUCAAGGAUGCCAUGCGCUUGACAGAGAGCGGGAAAGGGGGAGAAGGAGAGAAAUGGAGACCGCUCAGAGACUACCCUCGAGGGUCUUGGUGUGAAGUGCUUGUGUUUCCCUUCACUCCCUCCGUUGUCUGGCUGUCCCAGAGGAGGCGUGGCCUGGCCGUGUGAGACCCACCUUUUCUGAGUCCUGCCCCAGUUUGUUUUAGUUUAUAGACCAUCUUUUAUUUUACAGAACCUAACUGCAGUUUUUAAAGAUGCACAUGUGUAAAAAGAAUGACGUUGAUAAAGAACACGUAUAUAUUUAAACUAUGGUGACGAUGAUGAUAGUGCUACCCAUGUAAAACUGCAUGCUGUACGGAGCUUUGAGUAAGGAAAACUACUUGGUUAAGGACAGACAAAUGGACGAAAACCUUGACAACCACCGCUGAUGGUGAGUUGGGGGGGGGGGGGGGUGUUUUGUUUCCAUGAGUUUUUGUUUUGAUUUUUUUUUCCAAUAAAUAUUUUGUAAUUAUUUAUGUAAAACAUGUCCCAACCAAACCCUAUUUGUUGUCUGGCUCCCAUUUUUUUCUUUUCUGACGGUGCACAUGGUCAUUAUACUGCAGGGUUUUAUUUAUACAUAUGAAUUACCCUUGUGGUUUUAUUUCAUACCAACACGAUGUUAGUGGGAACAUUACAUUUCCAUGGAGGGGGAAGGGAGAUCGAGGGCGAUUUUGAAACUUUAAAACUGAAGAGGGGAUCAGAAAAUGUCAAAUGGGAUUCUUCAGACCACAGAAAAACUGGAGUAAUAUGUUGUCGGGCAUCUGUGUGUUAAAAGAUGCACUGCUAGCCUUUUUUCCCCUCUGUUCGUCUUAUUGUUCCCUGAUCACAUCCCUGGAAACUUCUCUUCCACCUCCAUCUUUCCAUUUCUCCCUUGCUCUCUGGUCUGACUCACCUGCACUUUCCUCUGCUGUCUUUCGCCCUCUUUUUCCCUCUCUCUUCUGACUUACCUGCUAUCUCCUUUGCCCUCCAUCCCCCUCUUUCCCCUUCUCUCCAUCCCUCCAACUCAUCUCCUCUGCUCUCUCUCUUUUGCGCCCCCUCUCCUCCCUCCCUGUGCUAUGACUCACCUGCUCUGUAUUCUAUUCUUAGUGCUGGCCUGAUGGGGGCAGCUAAUUGCGUAAGAUGGAGAGAGACAAACACUGUCUACGUCAGCCCAGCACUGAGAGAAUCUCUGGCAGAGCCCAGACCAGGCAAAACUCAGUGGGGAAUCCUCAGCAAUAUACCUUUUGAUUAAUAAAGAAUUCCUGCUUUUCUGA